GAGUUCUUGUCAACCUCGACGCGUCCGGCCGCAUGACGGAGGACCUCGCCAGGCACUACUUCCGCUAGCUGGUGUCCGCCGUGCGCUACUGCCACUCCCGCGGCGUCUUCCACCGCGACAUCAAGCCGGAGAACCUCCUCCUCGAUGCCGCCGGCGACCUCAAAGUCGCCCACUUUGGCCUCGGCGCUGUCGCCGACGGCGGUAGCAGCCCCCUCCGCCACACCAUGUGCGGCACCCCGGCGUACGUCUCGCCCGAGAUCCUAUCGAAGCAGGGGUACGGCCCCGCCAAGGUGGACAUCUGGUCCUGCGGGGUCGUGCUAUUCGUCCUCGCCGCGGGGUAUCUCCCCUUCAACGACGGCAGCCUCAUCAACAUGUACCGCAAGAUCUACGCCGGCCGGUUCCGCUGCCCAAACUGGUUCUCGCCCGAGCUGCGCCACCUGCUGCGCUGCAUCCUCAACCCCAACCCCGCCACGCGCAUUGGCACCGACGGCAUCAUGGACCACCCCUGGUUCCGCCACGGCGCCGAUGAUGCCGACGCUGAGCUGGCGCGGGUCAAGAGCGGGCACGACGAGGAGGCGUGGUUCAAGACCGAGUUCAAGGAGGACGUUGGGCGCGACAUGACCGCCUUCGACAUCCUCGCCUUCUCCCCCGGCUCCGACCUGUCCGGCCUCUUCGGCGCCGGGCCCGGCACGGAGCGGGUGUUCGUCGGCGAGUCCGCCGCGGCCGUGCUCGCCAGAGUCGAGGACGCCGGGAAGAAGGGCGGGCACAUCGUCCGGAGGGAAGGAAAGAAACGCGCCGGCCCGGUGUACGUGGAGGCCGAGAGCGGCAUUGUCGCCAAGGUGACCGUGUUCAAGAUCGCGGACGCGGUGUCCCUGGUGGAGGUGGUCAAGGGCCACGGCCCGGAGGCCUCGGCGUUCUGGAAGGACUGGCUCCAGCCGGCCGUGAAGCCCCCGGCAGCAGCAGUGUGACGACGAUGAGCUCU